GCGGGCUCCUAGCUUUGUCAACUCUUUAAGUGUAGAGCAAGGAGGCCUGGAAAGAAGGAAAGAACUGUCACUUCUGCAAAAUAAUUGACAGGCUUUUCUUACAGCAAGCAUACUUGCGUUAUUGCUCCUGUGAAGCCUCAUGAAGACAUGAGUGUCCCAGACUACAUGCAGUGUGCGGAGGACCACCAGACGGUUUUAGUGGUGGUCCAGCCCGUUGGCAUAGUUCCAGAGGACCAGUUCUUCAAGAUCUACAAGCGCAUCGCCAGCACGAGCCAGGUGAGCAUUCGGGACUCCCAGCGCCUGCUCUACGUCCGCUACCGCCACCACUACCUGCCAGAGAACAACGAGUGGGGCGACUUCCAGACCCACCGCAAGGUGGUGGGCCUCAUUGCCGUGACCACCUGCGCCUCAGCCAAGGAGUGGCCACAGACGUCGGACCGCUUCCAUGCACAGAAGGAGGUGUUUGGCUCAACGCUCUACGACUCGCGCCUGCUAGUGUUCGGGCUCCAGGGAGAGAUUGCCGAGCAGCAGCGCACAGAUGUGGCUUUCUACUCCAGCUACGACGAGUGCCUCGAUGUGGAGAAGAGGGUGGAGGACUUUGUGCAGUCUAUCUUCAUUGUGCUGGAGUCCAAGAGGUUGGACCGGGCCACUGACAAGUCUGGAGACAAGAUACCACUGCUCUGUGUUCCUUUUGAGAAGAAAGACUUUGUGGGUCUAGACACUGAUAGCAGGCACUAUAAGAAGCGCUGCCAGGGUCGGAUGAGGAAGCACGUGGGCGACCUUUGUCUGCAGGCGGGCAUGUUGCAGGACGCCCUGGUCCACUACCACAUGGCCGUGGAGCUCCUGCGCUCCGUCAACGACUUCCUGUGGCUGGGGGCUGCUUUGGAGGGAUUGUGUUCGGCCUCGGUCAUAUUCCACUACCCAGGGGGCACUGCAGGCAAGGCUGCCGGACGCAAACCCAGCAUCUCCCAGCCUGCGGAUGCUGGGAAGAGACACCGGCCAGGGGCACAGGAGGUUCUCAUUGACCCAGGUGCCCUCACAGCCAAUGGGAUCAGUGCAGACACCAGCACUGAGAUCGGCCGCGCCAAGAACUGUCUAAGCCCAGAGGACAUCAUAGAGAAAUACAAGGAGGCCAUUUCCUACUAUGGCAAGUACAAGAACGCAGGCGUCAUCGAGCUGGAGGCCUGCGUUAAGGCAGUUCGGGUGCUGGCCAUUCAGAAGAGGGCCAUGGAGGCCUCGGAGUUCCUCCAGAACGCCGUCUACAUCAACCUGGGCCAGCUCUCCGAGGAGGAGAAAAUCCAGCGCUACAGCAUCCUGUCCGAGCUCUACAACCUGAUCGGCUUCCACCGCAAGUCGGCCUUCUUCAAGCGCGUGGCCGCCAUGCAGUGUGUGGCGCCCACCAUCCCAGAGCCGGGCUGGAGGGCCUGCUACAAGCUGCUGCUGGAGACCCUGCCGGGUUACAGCCUCUCCCUCGACCCUAAGGACUUCAGCAGGGGGUCUCACUGUGGCUGGGCGGCAGUGCAGAUGCGUCUCCUCCACGAGCUGGUAUAUGCGUCGCGGCGUAUGGGCAACCCCGGCCUGUCUGUUCGCCACCUGUCCUUCCUCCUGCAGACCAUGCUGGACUUCCUGUCAGACCAAGAGAAGAAGGAGGUCACUCAGAGUCUGGAGAACUACACCUCCAAGUGCCCAGGUGGGAUGGAGGUCAUCUCCCUCCCGGAUGGACUCAAGCUUCCCCCGGUGCCUUUUACCAAGCUACCCAUCGUCAGAUCAGUGAAGCUACUCAAUCUGCCCGUCAGCCUGCGCCCCCACAAAGUAAAAGGCCUGCUGGGACAAAACAUGUCCACUGCUAGCCCCUUUAUCUACUCCCCCAUCAUCAUGCACAACCGGGGAGAGGAGCGCUGCAAGAAGAUAGAUUUCCAGUGGGUCCAGGGCGACGUGUGUGAGGUGCAGCUGAUGGUGUACAACCCUAUGCCCUUUGAGCUGCGUGUCGAGAACAUGGGCUUGCUGACAUCAGGUGUCGAAUUUGAGUCUCUUCCUGCUGCCCUGUCCUUGCCUGCAGAGUCUGGUCUCUACCCCGUCACCCUGGUUGGUGUUCCCCGCACUGCAGGCAACAUCACAGUCAAUGGGUACCACACGUCGGUGUUUGGGGUGACCAGUGACUGUCUGCUGGAGGCCUUGCCUAGUGUGAAGACCAGCGGCUGCCUGGUGGAGGUGGUGCCCUCCCUGCCUCGUCUGCAGCUCAGCACCUCUCUGCCUCGGUCUGCCCACACGGCCCAGCCCAUGUCCAAAGAGGAGCUGUCCAGCAGCGUCUCCAGCCAGCUGUUCAACGGAGAGACCCAGCUGCUGACCGUUACCCUGGAGAACAUCGGCGCAGAGGACAUCGAGACGCUGGAGGUCACCUCCAAGAUGGUCAACACCAAAGAGAAGCUGUUUGGGGAGUUUCUGACCUGGAACCUGGAAGAGGUGCUGUCCCACCUACCGCUGAAGCCUGGCCAGUCGCUGACGCUGAACGUCAACAUCAAAGUCAAACUGGACUUCUCUGGCCAGGAGAACCUGCUCCAGGACCUGAAUGAUGAGGGGACAUACGCAGGUCCCCGGGGCGGAGAGGCCGUGUGCGGUCUGCUGUCCAGGCAGACUUUGGAGGCGGUGGUGAACUUCAGGUACUCGGGCGGAGCGGGCAAGGUGGAGGGCUACUACCGGGACCUGACCCUGGGCGUGCACGUGGACGUGGAGCCCUCCGUAUUCUUCACCAGGGUCAGCACUCUCCCUGCCACCAGCACGCGCCACUGCCAUCUGCUCCUGGACGUGUUUAACUCCACAGAACACGAGCUGACGGUCAGCGCCCACAACAACCAGGACCUGGUGCUGCACGCCAGCGAGUGCCAGAGAAUGGCCAUCCAAGUGGACAAGUUUGACUUUGAGAGCCUGCCCCGGCCGGACCACGAGGCGACACGCUUCGUCAACCCCAAGCAGCUGGAGGAGGAGCGCAGGCACGCCCACGGCUGCCAGAUCAACAACAAGCUGGGCAUCCAAUGGAACAUCCCGUCCAUGCGCAGGCACGGGGAGGCCAGCGUGGAGGGAGUCCUCAACCAGCUGGUCCUGGGACACCUGCAGCUGGCACCUCUUCAGUGGGACGUGAUGGUGAACGGGAAGCCGUGCGACUGCGACGUCAUCGCCAGCUGCAACGUGGGCGAUGCCGUGCCCCUGGAAGUGAAACUGACCAAUCGGAGCAGGAACGCGGUGGGCCCCUUCGCCCUGACCGUGGUGCCCUUCCAGGACUACCAGAACGGCGUCCAGAACUACGACCUCCAGGACGCGGUCACCUUCAUCGGCUCCAACACGUUCUACAUCGACACGGUGAAACCCACUGAGAGCUCCGUCUGUGUGGGAGCUCUGCUGUUCCUCCACACCGGAGACUUCUACCUCAAUAUCAAGUUCCAGGACGACAGCGCCGGCCGUGAGCUGCCCCUGGCCUGGUUCUGCCUGCCCAGCGUCCACAUCAAGGCCCAGGACGGUCCCAUGGAGGCGGGAGCCUAGAGGGGCCUUGUGGGGCCUAGAGAGGCCUGGUGGGGCCUUGAGGGUGUCCAGAGUCUGGGUGGCUGGAGGGACUGCGAGAGAUGAGGAUGGUGAUUGGAUGGACUUGACACUAUGCUAGCUAAGCCAUUCGUUCAUGCGAUGUACAUAUGUGCUGUUACUGUACUCUGUGGAGGUCUGUGUGUGAUGGAUGUCAAGGAGAAUGUUUAGGUGGAGUAAAAAGUGUUUCAUGUGUUAAAGCCAAUUUCGUUUUUUUUUUUUUGCCAUAAUCAUGUUUUGCUCUGAAUGGCUUCAUUUUGACAGGGCCUUAUAUUGUGAAUUUAGAGAAGUCCUUUAUUGUGACAAUCUGUAAAACCACAUAUACUGACUCCACAUGGAUACUAUAUUCUGCGAGGCACAAUGGUUUCUUACCUGAUAAAAAUAGUCUGCUCAAAAUGUAUCCAUCUUUUUCUUUUAAAUAGCACACGGCCAUGGUCUUCUGUAGUCACACUUGUGUAACAUUUGAAUCUCACACCAUAUGUAAAUAAAAAGUCAAAUGGA